AUGUCAGCUAGUAUCUCAAGACAGACUAAAAUAUCAUCUAGACCCAAAUCUAUUAGUUCCCCUUAUUUGAAUUCUGUUUAUGAACAAUUAAAUGGUCAAAUUGACUUAAUUUUAAGAGAUCCAACGCCAACAGCUCCCGUUACCAUCAGCUAUCAAAGAUUGUUCAGAUAUGUGGAGUUUUUGUGCCGUGAUAAACAACAAUCAAAAUUAACGGUUAAUCUAUAUGACAAAUUUGAUGCAUUCUUGAACAAUAUUGUGGAUGUUUUACAAGAGCACGGGCUGUCCUUAGAUGAAAUAGAGCUGCUACAGAAGUUUGUGGAACUUUCUCAUGUUGUUGAUAUAAAAGUCACAGCUCUUGAGAAGAUACAUCUGUAUUUAGAUAGAACAUACUUAUUGAACCAUCCAACAAAACCAAGUUUCACAAAGUUUGCAAUGUUGACAUAUCUGAAUAAAAUUCAUGAAAAGAAUGAUCUGGCUGAAAUAAUAGAGAAUGCCUUUUCGUUAACAUUGAACAAUUUUAGAGAUACUGGUGAUCAAUCACUGGUUCCUUUGCUCAUAAAAUCAUUUAAAAUUUAUCAUAAAUUGUUAGAAUCUAAACACCCAGAAGGAUUUGAAUCUUUUGUCCUACAAUCAUUGAAAGACUACUAUAAUAAUACUCAUGUCUUUUUACUAGAAAGUGAAAAAGACCAAUCUGUCAUUUUUGAAAUGAUGUACAAGCUAUUAAACCAAGAGAUUUCAUUUUGGGAAAAAGGUUCAGACUCUAUAAGCUUCAAGAAUAAAGUGAAAUAUAAUCUAACAUAUUGUUUAAUCUUCAAUAAUUUUGAGCAAGAUGCUAUCAAAUUUAUAAAACCAUUAUUUGUUACCAAGAAAUUUUCCCAGAUCGCCAUACUUUUCAAGUUUAUACAGAAUGCACCUUCAACAGAUGAUGGUGAAGGGAAAGAUAUGAAGACAUUUUCCAAUAUCUGGUACUCGUAUGUUUAUGAUUAUAUACUGUCACUAGCAAAAACUAUGACUCCAGAUAUAGUCGAAAGGCUAAUAAAGUCAAAGAAGCAUCUUGCAGUUAUAUUAUCUACUUAUAUGGAUAAUAAUUAUAGAGUUGAAGUAAGGCUAAGAGAUGCUUUUAGUGCAUCGCUACAUGAUGUAGGGAAGGAUUCGGAAAACUUGAACGGGUACAUUCUAAAAUACAUCGAUGGUUUGUUCAAAAGUGCUAAUCCAAAAGACCAUGAUCAUAAUUCAAUCUUACUUCGAGAUGUUCAUCUAAUUUUUAAGUCAAUCAAAGCAAAAACGGUUUUCAUAAGGGCAUACCAAAGAGAUUUAUCUAAAAGGUUGAUUAAUGAGACUACAAAAGAUAUUGAGCUAGAGAAAGAGUUUAUCAAAUUAUUAGAACAAGAAGUUGGUAGAGAUGAAUGUGAUCAGCUAAGAACAAUGAUUGAAGAUGUAGAGUUCAACGAAGAACUCGUGGAUAGGUUCAGAAGACAAUUACCAUCAGCUGAACGCUCUGCAUUUGGGUUCUUUGAACCAUUGGUCUUAUCAUCAAAGGUAUGGCCUCCAGCUAAAUCCAAAAUAAAUAUUCCGGAUGAUCUUAAAUCAUACAUGACCAAAUUCCAACAGUUUUAUUUAAAAAGAAAUACAAAGAAAACAUUAACUUGGUCACAAGCUUUAAGUCAUAUGACAGUCUCAGCUCGUUUCAAAAAAGGUACAAAAGAGUUACAUUUGGGUGGUUAUCAAGGGAUUGUACUGCUGCUUUUCAAUGAUUAUGAUGAAUUGACUUUUGAAGAAAUAAAAACUCUGACUAACUUGGACUCAAAAAACCUAUCAGGUGUACUGCAUUCUUUGACAAAUGGAAGAUAUAAAAUUUUGGUGAAGGCAGCCAGUGGGAAAUAUUUGAUGAAUGAGAACUUUGAAGAUCGCAGAAAAGCGAUAAAAGUUAGAAAUGUUCCAAUGAAACUGAAAAGUGGUGAAGAUGAUGAGGAUGAAGAUCUUUUAGCUGAGCGUGAAACCAUGUUCAAAUCAGAUAUUGAUGAGUUUAUGAAAGCUUUCAUUGUUAGAACGAUGAAAUCACAAAAAGAGUUGACACAUAAUGAAUUGGUUGCUAAAAUCCACGAGGAGUUUUCUUGUACCUUGGCCGACAUCAAGAAGAAUAUUGAUGCUUUAAUUCAUUUUGAAUUUAUAACGAGAGUUGAUUCAUCUGACCUGUACAAGUAUAUUCCAGGUUAG